AUGCGUUCCGCAGUCUGUACCAUGCCACAUCGAGUGGUGCUAGUAGCGGCUUUUUGCCAUCCCUGGACGCCCUUGCGGCGUGUCAGUUUGGUUGCUUCAUGGUGCUCCUCCCACUUUUCCCGAGGUUGUGGUGCAGGGUCUGCGCUGGCGGAUUCAGCGCGUCCCUACACAACGCUGACGCUACCGCUGCGACAGUCGUGGAAGUCGAGGAGUCUGCGCCCGUGGAUGUGCGCGAAGGAGUCCUGCCGCGCCGUGAACCAAGGAGCACGCAAAGAGUGCGAGUCUUGCGGAACAGAGAAGCCCCAGCUGCUUGGCUGGAAGUGCGUGGGUUGCAGUACUAUCAACUACGCCGGUGUGCGGAAGUGCAAGAAAUGCGCGGACGCGAGCGACAAGAGCAAGGAGUUCUGGAUGUGUGCUGUGUGUCACGAAAACAAUCGCAUAGACGAGAUAGAGGACAACAGUUGCUGCGGAUUCUGUGGAUACGAUAUGGCACCACACAGCGUUGCAGAGGAGGAGAUCCUGCGCCGCGCAACGGAGAAAGCCGUGUUGCUGCAGCAGCAGCAGGAGCACUUCGACUCCGUUUCGUACACGGAGGCCGAUCAGCAGUUUGCGAAUCCGCUGGAAGGGGCGGAGGCCUUGGAUCCAUCGCUGCGAGCAAUUCACCCCGGCAGCGAGGCGCCGAUUACGGGACGUGCGCUCAAGCUUCCAGCUGUGGCGCCUUUUGUUGCCGGAGGUGUACCGGAAACGCGGCAUUCACCGCUGCAUCAGCGAAGAAAACUCAACCCAGCCUUGCGGAUAGUAUUGGAGGGGGCGGCGGCGCCGGAAGGUCCGCCCGGGUUUGACUGGAUGUGCCGCAACUCCAGCUGUGGCCACAUUAACCCCGGCGACGAAGAGAGCUGUUUAAAGUGUGGUACGCACAUUACUCCCGCGGAGUGGGAGUGCCCGCUAUGUGCAUCCUUGAACCACCUGGCACGCUCGCGUUGUUUCUACUGCAAAAACCGCAUUCCGGUUUGCUGGACCUGCCGUGCGUGUCAGGGGACGACAAGCAUUUAUGACAAGACUUGUCGCGGCUGCGGCAUAGAUCGCCCGGUUGCGGAGCCAAAGACGCUUCGCGAAGUAGAACGAGGCGGCGGUGACCAUGUUGGAGGUUACGUUCCGCAAGGGAAUAGGACUCGUGGGGAGUGGUACUGCUCGACGUGCAACGCCUUGAACUUUUCUCGUCGCACCGAGUGUUUCCAGUGCACUUCGCCGCGUCCCGCCGUAUCAGAUGAAGGGUUUGCCGACCCGGUUAGCGCAGCAGGCUGGGGAGGGCCGGACAGUUCUGGCGCCGCCGCCGUCGCUGCACCAGUGCAGGACAAUAACUGGAUGUGCGCCUACUGCCAGACGAGCAACUUCCGCACGCGCCACGACUGCUGGAAGUGUGGCCGUGCCUCGGAGCGGGCACAGGAAUGGUCUAGCCAGGCGGGGACGCCCCAAUACGAGCGCGAGGGCUUCCAGGAAGGCGCGAACACGAACCCUGCCGAGGGAACUGGGAACCCGUCGUGGAAGUCAACGGGAGAGUGGUUGUGCGCGAAGUGCUACUCAAAGAACUUCAGGAAUCGCCUCGAGUGCUACCGCUGCGGUGCUCGCAAACAUGCCCUGUCCGCCUCUCGAGGCAGCAGUGUACGCAAGCCUGUGAAGCUGUAG